AUGGGAGAGGCUUAUCUUGUGGCAUUCCUUCAAGUGCUGGUCGACAAGAUGGCGCGUCGUGAAGUGUUCAAGUACUUUGGACUCAUAAAGGGCGUCUACCAAAAGCUGCAGAAAUGGACUGCCACCUUGUCUGCAAUUGGAGCGGUUCUGAAUGACGCGGAGGAGAGGCAACUAAUUACCGAGAGCAAGCCGCUGAAGCUUUGGCUGGAUGAUCUCAGGGACUUAGCUUAUGAUGUGGAAGACGUAUUGGACAAAUAUGCUACUAAAAUGCUCAAACGGGAGAUAGAGCAAGGACAUUAUGCCGACACCGCAAGAAGGGUCUGGAAAUCAGUUCCUAAUGGUGUUUUCAACUAUAAAAUGAACUCAGAAAUACAGAAGAUUACUGAGCGUUUACAAGAGAUAUCUCAGCGAAAGGACCAGCUUAGUUUGAAUAUCAUUACUGGGACGACGCCGUCCACUAAGGCACGUCAAAAUUUACCUCCCAGUUCCAGUCAACCAGAUGGACCUGUGAUUGGAAGGGACAAAGACAAAAGGCGGGUCGUUGAAUUUCUGUCGAAACAAGAGCGUGGUGCCGUCAAUUUCGAUGUAGUUGCCAUUGUUGGUAUGGCUGGAGUCGGAAAGACAACACUUGCUGCACAAGUGUUCAAUGAAAUUGAUGCAACCGAGCAAUUUAAACCAACUGCUUGGGUAUGCGUGUCUGAUGACUUCAAUCUAGAAAGAGUGACAAAGCAAAUUCUCGAAUCAGUCACAUCCCGGCACUAUCCUACCGAAGAUUUCAAUCAAGUUCAACAGUAUCUGCAUACGGAAUUAGCUGGGAAGAAGUUUUUAAUUGUUUUAGAUGAUGUUUGGGGCACAUGUAGCUAUGGUCUAUGGAUGAAACUGCAGUCCCCCUUUCGCGAUGGAGCAGCAGGAAGCAAGAUAAUUGUGACAACGCGUGAUGCAGAAGUUUCGAAAAUGAUAGGAGCUGGCACUCUAGUUCAUAAUUUGGAGCCUAUGUCAAAUGACGUUUGUUUUGAAGUAUUUGAGCAGCAUGCAUUCAGGAAUGUUAACAGAGAUAUACCACCAAAUUUCGAGUCACUGAAGGAGAAAAUUAUUGCAAGAUGCAGUGGAUUGCCUUUGGCUGCUAGGACUCUUGGUGGCCUUUUACUUCGUAAGGAGAUGAAUGAAUGGGAGGAAAUAUUGACCAACAAAUUAUGGAGUCUAUCAUGUGAGCGUGACAUACUUCCGGUAUUAAGAUUAAGCUAUCACUAUCUUCCUUCACAUUUGAAAAGAUGCUUUGCCUAUUGUUCGAUACUUCCAAAUGCCUAUGAAUUUAGAGAGCAUCAAUUGAUUCUUCUGUGGAUGGCAGAGGGUUUGAUUCAACCACAACCAGAACAUAAUAAGCAAAUGGAAGAUUUAGGAACUGACUAUUUUCAGGAGCUCUUAUCAAGGUCAUUAUUUCAGAAAUCAAGCAAAAACAAUUCAAAAUAUGUAAUGCAUGACCUCGUUGUUGGUUUGGCACAGUGGGCUGCAGGAGAUAUUUGUUUUAGAUUGGAGGAUAAGCAGAACAGCGAUCAUGUACAACUUGGAUGUUUUACGAAGGCCCGCCAUGCAUCCUACAUUUCUGGUAAGUAUGAUGUGGUUAAAAGAUUUGAGGCAUUUUCUGAAGUGAAACAUUUGCGAACCUUCCUACCACUUUCAGUUGAUUAUCAUUUGAAUUAUCUAAGUCGUAAGGUUACUUCUGAUUUAUUGCCAAAAUUGCAAUACUUGAGGGUCCUUUCUUUCAAUGACUAUAAAAUAACUAAGCUGCCAAAUUCAAUUGGUAAAUUGAAGUAUCUGCGGUAUCUUGAUCUCUCUCACACACGGAUAAGAUGUUUGCCUGAAUCAACCACCUCUCUUUACAACUUACAGACAUUGAUAUUGGAAGGUUGUCAUAAGUUGAAGGCACUGCCUAUCAACUUGAGAAAUCUAGUGAAUCUACGUCAUCUCAACUACUCAUUUGCAGAUGCGUUGAAAGCAAUGCCUCCGAAACUAGGUCGGUUGACAAAUCUACAAUCUUUGCCUAAUUUUGUUGUGGGUAAAGGUAGUGAUCAAUCAGGUAUAAGAGAUAUAGGGUCCCUAUUCCAUCUCCGAGGGACAUUACGGCUCUCAAGAUUAGAGAAUGUGAUCGAUGCUGAGGAUGCACGGAGGGCCAACUUAAAAUUCAAGGAGAGUGUAGAUGAAUUGGUGCUAGAAUGGUCGAGUGCCACACAAGAAACACAAUUAGGCGUGCUUGACAGAUUAGAACCUCAUAGAAUGCUUAAAAAACUCAUCAUCAGGGGUUAUGCUGGAUUAGAAUUUUCAACAUGGAUUGGAGAUCGUUUAUUCUCCACUAUGGUGCAUGUACACUUAGACAAAUGUAAAGAUUGUCAAAUCUUGCCACCCCUUGGGCAACUGCCUUUGCUCAAAGAACUUUAUAUUACAGGAAUGGCUGCAGUGGAAAUUGUUGGCCCUGAGUUUUAUGGGGAGGGUAGCUUGCCUUUUCCAGUACUAGAGACUCUUGAGUUUGAGGAUAUGCAACACUGGAAGAAAUGGGUUCCUUUUGUUGGGGAUACUGGAAUUUGUGUUUUCCCUUGCUUGAAGUUUCUUUCAAUCGGAAAUUGUCCUCAAUUGGAGGGUAAGUUGCCCGAGAACCUUGAUUCAUUAGAAACACUUACAAUUAUUAAAUGCGAGGAAUUGGUUAUUUCAAUUUCCAACUAUAAACAAAUUGGUCGAUUAUGCAUAGAUGGUUGCAAAGCGGUGGUGAAGACGAGUGGGGUUGAGUUUAAGUUAUUAAAGUUCUUGGGACUUUCAAAUAUUUCAGAGGUGAGGUUCCAAACAGGGGAAUUCACCGAAGGAUUAAGGAAGGUUGCAAAAUUGACAAUUGGCGGAUGUGAGGAGCUGACAUCUUCACUGAAGAACAAGUGUGCAAGUCUUUCGAAGGUACCAGAAGGGUUGCAUCACCUUACAGCUCUUAAAGACCUUCAAAUAGUUGGAUGCUCAAGUCUGGUUUCUUUUCCAGAUGUUGGUUUUCGUCCUUCCCUUGAAGUCAUAAAGAUUGAGGAGUGUGAUUCGUUGCUGUAUUUAGCAAAAUACCAGAUUCCCCCGAAUCUAAGAAGAAUAAAGAUACUGCGGUGUAAAAGUUUGAAGUCAUUAGUAGAGGAGGAGGUGGGUUCUUCGUCUUCUUCUUCUUCUCAUAUUUCUCUUCGAGACUUGGAUAUACGGGAAUGUGAAUCUCUAAUGUCGUUAUCAUUGAGAGCCCAAUUGUUUCCCAGGGCACUUAAACGCCUAUACAUAUCCGAUUGUGGAGAGCUGCAGUUAAUAACGUCUGAUGGGUUAGCCCACGACAACACUAAUUAUUGUCUUGAAUAUAUUAACAUCGGUUUUUGCCCAAAUCUGAAAUCGUUAACGGAGGGCCUAUGCCACCUCACCAAUCUUAAAACUCUUCAGAUUUAUGAUUGUGGGAGUCUGGUUUCCAUCCCGAGCCUGAGUGGUGAGGGUUUGUCUUCGCCAACAACAACAGCCGCCUCCAGCCUGAGACACAUCCAUAUCAAAAAUUGCAACAAAUUGGAGAUGUUACCGGACAUGCGCAAUCUCAACUGUCUUCAGGAAUUGAAUAUUGAUUACGGUGAAGGUUUAAAUUUCACUUCCUUUCCCCCCAACAUAACAUCUCUUACAAUCCACGGAAUCAAGAAUUGUAAGCUGCUAUGGCAGUUGUUGCACAGGCUCACCUCUCUUACAAAGUUGUGGGUCGAUGGUGAAGACCCAUAUGUGGUGUCGUUUCCACCCGAAGGUGAUACGGAUAUAGAUAUGGAGUUGCUGCUCCCUGAAUCUCUCACUCAUCUCUCAAUUGUGGGCUUCCCAAAUCUGAAGAAACUGAGCAGCAAGGGCUUUCAAUUCCUCACCUCUCUUCAAUCUCUUCGACUCGUGAAUUGUCCAAAGCUGGCAUCUAUUCCAGUGGGCCCGACUCUUCCACUUUCGCAAUUUUUUAUCUCUGGGUGUCCAAAGAUUCUUUGGGUCACAUUACAUUCCCGGGGAAGAUAUUCUAUCUUUGGACUACACUGGCACAAAAUAAACCACAUUCCUUACCUGAAGAUAUAUCCAACUCUCCCCAGGUGGGUCUUUUUCAUCCAAAAUUGCUUCAAGCUGGAUGACAACAAUUUAUCGGGCGAAUGGAAAUGGGAAGACUCCUUAAUAGGCACUUGCAAACAUAAGAUCAAAAUUUGA